AUGACAAAAAUGGUAUUCUUUAAAUUCAUUCUUAUUAUUGGUUUAUUUGUAACGAUGACACGUGCAGAAUGUCCAGUAACUGAUAAUCCAAAAGAACUUGUUAAUUGUCUUCAGUACUUUACAUCUGCACUUUAUGGAGCUAUUGUAAAAGAUGUGACCAUUAUAUGUCAAGUUGCCGCUGAUAUCGCAAAAUGUUUGCAUGACGAAAUGGGUGAUUGUGUUGCAGCUGAAAUGGGUAAAGCAGCACUUAAUCAAGCUAAGGAACUUGCCGAAAACUGUUGUCCGGAAAGAAAUAAUACAAAAUGUCCGAUUCGAGAGGCUAUGUUCAUCACCACGCAACGUUGUUUUGCUGCCGAUUCUCUCGUCACUUUAGUUGGUGGAGAACAAAAAAGAAUCAUCGAGCUAGAAUCAGGUGAUAAAGUUCUUGCUUAUGAUGAUGAAACAAGUAAAGUUAUUUCAACAAGUAUAAUUACAAUGCUCGAUCAGCAACCAGAUCAAUAUGCUGUAUUCAAGCAAUUAACUACGGUUUCCGGUCGGCAACUAUCACUUACUUCAUCUCAUCUACUACCUACUGAUAUUCAUGGUUAUAUUAUGGCAAAGAAUAUUCGUGUUGGUAUGAAUAUCUAUGUCAUGAAUGACAAUGGUUUAUUAAUGACUGAAACCAUUUCGAAUGUAGCCGAUAUUGUUAAACAAGGAUAUGUCGCUCCAUUGACGCAACAAGGCACAUUGAUUGUUAAUAAUAUUGCAGUUUCAUGCUAUGCGACAAUCAACAAUCAUUAUUUAGCUCAUCUUGCAUUAGCACCUAUGCGCUGGUGGUAUAGUUUAUUUGGAGAAACAAAACAAUCGGAUAAAACGAUUGGUAUUCAUUGGUUUCCAAAGAUGCUCUAUGAAAUGACAACAUUUUUAAUGCCUUCAAUAAUUCAGAACUAA